AUGGCGGACUUGGUGCGGAUAGUUGCAGGUCUGCUGAUCCCUGUGUGCCUUAGUCUGGCAGAGAUAGACGACAUAACAUUCCUCACCGUUGGAGAGAAGCGCUCUUUGGCGAAAAUAGACAUAGAGAAGUUGCCAGAAUCAGUGAAGCGAGCAGUUGACGUGGUGAACGCCAAAGAGCACUGGUGCUGUAAAAUCCAUCCAACCAAGGUGGUGGUGAACUCUCGGGCUGUGCAACAGUACAUCAAGCAAUCUACCCAGCACACGAACUACGGCAAAUGUGGCUUGUGGGGGUGGAGGCGAUGUUCACGGCACUGGGUUACCUAUUAUCAGCACAGUACGUAUAAAACUGUGUACAGCAGACAGACCAUAGUGACCACGUGCCCUGAUCGCGAUGUCGUCUGCUGUAAGGGAUUCCUGCAGGUGGCUCACAACUGCUUACCGCUGAGUGAGCUACCUAAAAUUAAAGAUGAUCUAAAGAAACUGAAGGACAAGGGUGUCUUGGUUGGGUAAUUCCCUUUUUUCUCCGGUGGCUACGUGCAAAUCACAAAAAAAACGGAAUAUUAAAGAUAAUCGAAUGA